AACCCCCCAACUCCAAAACCCUAACGAAGGGCCCUUCUUCCUUUCUCCACAUAAAAAGAAGAAGAAAAAGACUUCCUUUAUAUCAUUUUCGCCGCCAUUAAAACCCUAGGAAAAGCUCACAAGCUCACUCAGACUCAGGCUCAAGCUCAGCCAUGUCGGAGGCAGAAGUUCGCUCCGAAAAGAAGAAGAAAAAGCACAAAAGUAAAGAUGAAAAGCCACUCGGCGAGUUGGAGUCCGAGCCGACUCAGAAGGAAUCGUCCGAGUUCAUGAUCAAGCCUCAGAGCUUCACUCCGGCCAUCGACACUUCUCAGUGGCCGAUUCUCCUCAAAAACUAUGACCGCCUCAAUGUACGAACCGGACACUACACUCCUCUCCCGUCCGGUUACUCCCCUCUCAAGCGCCCCCUCGAGGUGUACAUCAGGUACGGCAUUAUCAAUCUCGAUAAGCCCUCGAAUCCCUCUUCUCACGAGGUUGUCGCUUGGAUUAAGCGCAUUCUCCGAGUUGAAAAGACCGGCCACAGCGGGACUUUGGAUCCCAAAGUCACCGGAAAUCUCAUUGUGUGCAUUGAUAGAGCCACAAGGCUCGUCAAAUCCCAGCAAGGCGCCGGGAAAGAGUACGUCUGCAUCGCUCGCUUGCAUUCUGCGGUCCCCGACGUCGCGAAAGUGGCUCGGGCGCUGGAGACGCUCUCCGGAGCCGUCUUUCAGAGGCCUCCUCUGAUUUCUGCCGUUAAAAGGCAGCUCAGGAUUAGGACUAUUUAUGAAAGCAAGCUUCUUGAGUACGAUGCCGAUAAGCAUUUGGUUGUUUUCUGGAUUUCUUGCGAGGCCGGGACUUAUGUAAGGACGCUUUGUGUUCAUUUGGGUCUUAUUCUUGGUGUGGGUGGUCAUAUGCAAGAGCUUAGGAGGGUUAGGUCUGGGAUUUUGGGUGAAAAAGAUAACAUGGUUACUAUGCAUGAUGUAUUGGAUGCUAUGUAUAUUCAUGAUAGCCAUAAAGAUGAGAGUUAUUUGAGGAGGGUUAUAAUGCCUCUUGAAGUGGUUUUGACGAGCUACAAGAGGUUGGUUGUCAAGGACUCUGCUGUUAAUGCCAUUUGCUAUGGUGCUAAGUUGAUGAUUCCGGGGUUGCUGAGGUUCGAGAAUGAUAUCGAAGUUGGGGAGGAGGUUGUGCUUAUGACUACCAAGGGGGAGGCAAUUGCGUUGGGAAUUGCUGAGAUGACCACUGCUGUUAUGGCCACUUGCGAUCAUGGGGUGGUGGCGAAGAUCAAGAGGGUUGUCAUGGAUCGGGACACUUAUCCGAGGAAGUGGGGUUUGGGUCCUAGGGCGUCGAUGAAGAAGAAAUUGAUCGCGGAUGGGAAAUUGGAUAAGCACGGCAAGCCUACUGGCAACACUCCUCAAGAGUGGCUUAGGAAUUCGGUUUUGCCUGCCGGUGGGGAUUCUAUGGUUGCAAGUCUUGCGGCUGCUGCAGCUGAACCUGCUGUUGUGGAAAAUAAAGAUGCUGCUGAAGUGGGGAAGGAGAAGAAAAAGAGUAAAGCUACUGAUGAAGAGGGCGGUGAUGGACGCAAGCGCAAAUCAGAUGCAAUUGAGGAUGAGGCUGAGGAUACCACCAAAGAGAGUAAGAAGAAGAAGAGGAAGAAGGAUGAAGAAAACGGGCAUGUUGAUGAUACUUUGGAUGGGGACAAGGCCGAGAAGUCUGAGAAGAAGAAGAAGAAGAAGAAGAAGGAACACAAAGAUAAAGAAGAAGCAGCUUCCCCCGAAACUGAAAAGUCGGAGAAAAAGAAGAAGAAGAAGGAACACAAAGAUAAAGAAGAAGCAGCUUCCCCUGAAACUGAAAAGUCGGAGAAAAAGAAGAAUAAAAAGAAGGACAAAGAAGCUGAGGAUUGCAGUGCUAAAUCUUCCAAAGGUGCCGCAGACAGCGAGGUUGAUAAGAGUGAGAAGAAAAACAAAAAGAAAAAUAAGAAUAAAGAGGAAGAAGAUUAGUUCUAGAUCAUCAAAGGAUUAGUAUAUUUUGGUUUUUAAUUUAUGUCAAAUCUUUUUUUGUUCAAUUCUAUGUCUUUUCCUCUGUGAUGGAUUUUUAAAGUUUUUGUUGUUACGU